AAGUUGAUGUUUGUGUGUUUCAGGUGAAUCUGUGCUAUCUGUGUCAGACAUGUACAUACCUCCUACACAACAAGAAAAUGCUGCACCAUUACCUGCAGGCCAAGAAUGGGGAGGGGCUUCCACCGGGGCCACACCCCCAGCGUGUCAUACAGCCCGCCUUCAAAGAGCAGGUGGAGGGUGAGAGAGAGGAGGUGGAGUCUAAAGCGCUGCAGGCGGUUCAGUGCAGCCUGUUAAAGAUCCUCAGCAAAACUCUGGCCACGUUACAGCACUUCACACCUGACUGCUGUCAGAUACUGCUGGACCAGUCUAUGGAUCUUGCGGAGUACAGGACGCUGUUUGUGUUGAGUUUCACCACUCCUGCCUUUGACUCUGAUGUGGCUCCGUCGUUUGGGACUCUCAUGGCCACCAUUAAUGUGACGCUGAGCAUGCUGGGAGAGAUUGAGAAGAGGAAGGAGCCGGUUGUGGUCUCUGAGGACACUCAAGCACUGAAGUCUUUGCUGAUGUUCUCGAUGGAGAACUGCUUCUAUGUGUUGAUCUCUCAGGCUGUUCGCUGUCUGAAGGAUCCUUCAGUUUUGCCCAGAGACAAACAGAGACUUAAACAGGAGCUCAGCUCAGAGCUGAGUACAUUGUUGUCGACAUUAUUCCGUUUUUUCCGGCGAGGUUCCCCUUCCUCCCCAGCCAGCGGGCUGCUUCCCUCACCGCAAACCAAACCACCCACACCAGGAUCCAAGGCCACGCCGGAGGGCCAGGAGCCCUUCAUCCAGCUGGUCCAAGCCUUCGUCCGGCACGUUCAGCGCUAGACGCACACAUCCCGCUCUGGUCAGAGCUCAGUACUUAAACGCUGAUUCAGAGAUCUGAAUCAAAGGGAAACUUCAGCUCAAUGAAUCAGUUUCAGUGAUUCUGGCUUCGACUUCAGCAGCUGAUGAAAACUGUCAAAAUAAAUGUUUGUAGUUACAUGUAUAUAAUUAAAACAUGUUACAAAUGUAUGCCAUAGCCGUUUUGUAUGAAAACUUUCUAUGUCCCAGUUGCCAUAUAUUUGUCUUAUAACCAUAAUAAACUGUAAGGGAGUAAACAUGAAAGUGGUCUGACUUUUUGAA